GCAGCCGGUUGCCCUCGCUCAGAGAGUGAUGAGUGCAAAAAGACUUAUAACCCGCAGCGAUUGAAUUUGGUGUAGCAAUGAAACAUCCGAUGUUAAUGGGAGCGAGUGUUACUCUUGGUCCAGUAUUUCAGUUGCCUGUUAGGAUACACAUGAACUUAAUCAACGGUAUUAGAUAACACGUGGUACAAUUAUUUGGAAUAAUGUUUAUUGCCUCGGAGCUAUUCAUCUUCAAGUGCUUAGUAAUUGGUAGUACUUAAAAUAAGAUUCUCAACAAUCCCCAUGGCUUACACUCCUGCAGAUCUUCAAGAAUAAAUUCUUCAUCAGCGAGAACUGUUUGUAAAAAGUCCUUGAUAGGAAUGUUGUAAUAUUUUCCAUUGUGUGCUAUCAGUUUCAGAUACAAGUGCAAUAAUUACUGCAACAAUGGGUCGAUAUUCUGGGAAAAGAUGUCGACUUUUAAGCAUGUUUUUGCUUACUUCUGGAUAUUUUCUUGUUGAAAUAAGUGUUGGGUAUGUUACCAAUUCUAUGGCAUUGGUAGCAGACUCUUUUCAUAUGCUGUCUGAUGUUAUAGCACUUAUAAUAGCUUUCAUGUCUGUCAAAAUGUCUCCCAAGAAGUGGUCAAAGAGCACAUUUGGAUGGGCUCGAGCUGAAGUUCUUGGUGCUUUAGUCAAUGCUGUGUUUCUUGUGGCUUUGUGCUUUUCUAUAUUUGUAGAAUCUCUGAAACGGUUCUAUACACCUGAAGAGAUACAUGAUCCAUUAUUAAUUCUUUAUGUUGGAUCUUUUGGAUUACUAGUGAAUAUUAUUGGUCUGUUCUUAUUCCAUGGUCAUGGUCAUAGUCAUGGAGGUCAUGGCCAUGAUAAAAGGCAUAAUUUGCCUACCUUGGAAGAAGUGUUAUCUGAAGGGGACAUAAAUGACAAUAAAGGGAAUUACCAAGUUCCUGAUCCAGCUAAAAGUCAAGAGGUUGCCAAAAGUACAAAAAAAGAUUCUCAAAGUAGCCAAAUGAAUAUGCAUGGUGUAUUUCUUCAUGUCCUGGCAGAUGCAUUGGGCUCUGUAAUAGUUAUAAUCAGUGCACUAAUUAUCUGGCUAACAAGAUGGGAGUAUAGAUAUUAUGUUGACCCUGCAUUAAGUGUUUUUAGGGUGUGUCUCAUAAUGAAUUCAACUUGGCCAUUAUUGAAAGAUUCAGCCAUGAUUCUACUGCAGACUGUGCCAACUCAUAUUCAAGUUGAUUAUCUUCAAAAUAAGUUGCUACAUGAGAUUGACGGUGUGCUAGCUGUUCAUGAAUUUCAUGUGUGGCAAUUAGCUGGAGAAAGAAUCAUCGCGUCGGCUCAUAUAUGCUGUCGAAACUUAUCUGAUUACAUGGCAAUAGCAGAAAAAGUAAAAGAAUUUUUUCAUAAUGAAGGCAUACAUUCCACAACAAUUCAGCCAGAAUUUGUUGGGGAAGCAACUGAAAAGGGAUGUGUCCUUGAUUGCCCUGUAACUACUAAUUGCACGCCACAGACUUGUUGUGGCUCUAUGAAAGAAGAGAAAGAAAAGAAUGGUGUACAAAUGAAGCCUUUGAGCAAUAGCCCCUUAAAAAAUGGUGGUUCUGAUAAUUUGGAUAGUAUAAAAGGAAUAUAUCGCACUAUAGAUACUUCUAAAGCUGAGAAGCUUUAAUGUGUUUUAUUUUCAAAUGCCAGUGUAAGAACUUUUACAAGUCCUAUGCAUGUCUUUGUGUUCACUUACUGCAUAAAGUCAUGUCUCUUAGUGUAUAUACAGACUAUUUAUAAGACACACUGCUUUAUGCUUGCUUAGCAAAGCAUUUUGCCACACACUCACGUAUAUAUCUAUUUUGCAUAUUUGAUUUAAUACUCUGAUGUUAUGAACUUGUUUUAUAUUUAAGGUAUCCCUCACCAAAAAAAAGUAAUAUUUUUUUUAUACCUGAUGCAAAGUAAUUGGAAAAGUACUUCAAACGUUUAUUUGGCAUAUUAAAUUUGCUUCUGUACAUAAAUUAUAGUUAAUUAUAAAUGUCAGUAUAGUUGAGCCUAGAAGAGCCAUAAUUUAGAAACAUGGCUAAAAAUAAAUUUAUAGGGAAGAAAUUCUUGUCUGUUGGUUUUAUUUUGUAAUAUAUUUCAGCGUCAAAUCAUAAUAUUCGGGUUGAAAUUUUUACAUGUUAUUUAACUUCAGUUCAUAACAUUCAAGUUGAAUUUUCUAUUACUAUUAGCCACUUAUCAUAGUUAUAAAAUGGUAAAUUUCCAUUUUUAGAAGUAUUAUUAUAUUUUAUUAAUUCAAAAUUGAGAAGCAUAAAACAUUUAUUUUAGUUGAUUUAGAAUUAUUAAAUAUUCAUAUAUUUGAAUAAAAUA